AUGAUAUCCUCAACACUUCUCCCCCGCCGUUUUCGGGGUGAGCAGCCCGCCGCACAGGCCGCCGCCCCCUCCUGGGUCAACAAAAAGAUCACACCAACUCUAAAGCUUCUCUCCAAGCUCGCCUGCUCCCAUCCCAUCCACACUGUCGUCAUUGUUGCCGUUCUGGCCAGUACUUCGUACGUUGGCCUGCUGCAGGAGAGCUUGUUUGAUGCCACCAUCAGUGUCCGCACCGCCGAUUGGUCGUCCCUUGUCGAGGGCAGCCGACGCCUGCAAGCCGGCCCCGAGACCGCCUGGAAAUGGCAAAAUGUCGAGCCCGAGGCCUCCAUCGCCGGUGAAGUUGAUCACCAGGCCCUCCUGACCCUCGUCUUCCCCGAGUCCCAGUCUCCCGAGUCGAUUAAUACCGCCCCGCGCACCCACGCCGUCCCGAUCCCGCAGAACCUCUCCAUCACUUCGCUUCCCUCGACCUCCAACUCUCUGACGAGCUACUCCCAGGACAGCGCUCUCGCGUUCGCUGUGCCCUACCCCCAGGCCGCCGAAUUCCUGUCCGUAGCUCAGGAAAUCCCCGAUGCCGCAAGUGACGAGACGGAGACGAUGCACGGCAAGGAGAAGAAGAUGUGGAUCAUGAAGGCUGCCAAGGUGCACACCCAUAACAGUCUGGUUCAGUGGGCACGCAAUGGCUGGACAGAGUUCCUCGACCUGCUCAAGAACGCCGAGGCUCUCGACAUCUUCAUCAUGGUCCUCGGCUACCUGUCCAUGCACCUGACUUUUGUCUCGCUCUUCCUCUCGAUGCGCCGCAUGGGCUCAAACUUCUGGCUCUUCACCAACGUCCUCUUCUCCUCCGUCUUCGCCUUCCUGUUUGGUCUGCUCGUCACCACCAAGCUCGGUAUCCCAAUUACUAUGGUGCUGCUUUCCGAAGGCCUACCGUUCUUGGUCGUAACAAUCGGGUUUGAGAAGAACAUCAUUCUUACCCGCGCCGUGCUGUCGCACGCUGUUGAGCACCGCCGGCCGCAGGAGAACAAGGACGACAGAAAGUCUAGCAAGAAGAAGUCCGACGUGCCAUCCCCUAACGUCAUUCAGUACGCUGUGCAAGCCGCCAUCAAAGAGAAGGGCUACGACAUUAUCAAGGACUACGCUAUUGAGAUCGGCAUUCUCGUUCUCGGCGCUGCUUCUGGUGUCCAGGGCGGUCUGCAGCAGUUCUGCUUCCUCGCCGCCUGGAUUCUCUUCUUUGACUGCAUCCUUCUCUUCUCCUUCUACACCGCCAUCCUGAGCAUUAAGCUCGAGAUCAACCGCAUCAAGCGCCAUGUCCACAUGCGCCGCGCGCUUGAAGACGACGGCGUCAGCCACCGCGUGGCCGAAAAUGUGGCCAACAGCAACAAUUGGCCCGAAUUUGACGGCAAGGGCCCCAAGGAGACUUCUUUGUUUGGCAAGCAGAUGAAGAGCAGCAAUGUCCCCAAAUUCAAGGUGCUUAUGGUCAGCGGUUUCGUCCUGAUCAACGCCAUCAACAUCUGCACUAUUCCUUUCCGCAACUCCAGCUCCCUCCCCAGCUUAUCGUCACUGACUGGCGGUCUCAGCGCUGUUGUCGCUGCUGCUCCUGUCGACCCCUUCAAGGUCGCCUCGAACGGCCUGGACGCCAUUUUGGAAUCAGCCAAGGCGAACGAGCGCCCCACCGUUGUCACCGUCCUCACUCCCAUCAAGUAUGAGUUGGAAUACCCCUCUAUCCACUACGCGCUUCCUUCCCCUGCUGGCAAGUCUGGCCAAAAGCACGAGGAUGAGUACGAUACGUUCGAGAGCUACGGUAUGGGCGGUCGCAUGGUUGGCAGCAUUCUGAAGAGUCUCGAGGACCCUGUUCUCUCCAAAUGGAUCAUUGUUGCUCUGGCCAUGAGCGUUGCUUUGAACGGCUACCUGUUCAACGCUGCUCGCUGGGGCAUCAAAGACCCCAAUGUCCCCGACCACCAGAUCGACCCCAAGGAGCUGGCUCGCGCCGAGAAGUUUAACGAUACCGAUUCGGCUACCCUACCCCUUGGCGAGUACAUCCCUCCUACGCCCAGACCUGCCACGCCUGCGACGACUGACGACGAGGCUGAAUUGGCAAUGACCAAGGCCAAGCCUUCUGAACCUGCCAGCCCCGUCGAGAAGCGCACCAUUGCCCAGCUUGAAAAGAUGAUUGCUGAGAAGCGUGUACACGAGAUGACUGACUCAGAGAUUGUCGCCAUGUCUCUUCGUGGCAAGAUUCCCGGCUACUCUCUCGAACGCGCUCUCAAGGACUUCACUCGCGCUGUCAAGAUUCGCCGUUCCAUCAUCUCCCGUACCAACGCUACCUCUGACUUGACUAAUGGUCUCGAACGGUCCAAGCUUCCGUACCAGAACUACAAUUGGGAGCGAGUCUUUGGCGCUUGCUGCGAGAAUGUCGUCGGUUACCUUCCUCUGCCUGUCGGCGUUGCUGGCCCUCUUGUCAUUGAUGGACAGAGCUACUUCAUUCCUAUGGCUACUACCGAGGGUGUUCUGGUUGCGUCUGCCAGCCGUGGCUGCAAGGCGAUCAACUCUGGCGGCGGUGCCGUUACCGUCCUUACCGGCGAUGGCAUGACCCGUGGGCCUUGCGUCGGCUUUGAGACCCUUGAGCGUGCUGGUGCUGCCAAGAUCUGGCUCGACUCUGAGGCUGGUCAGGCUACCAUGAAGAAGGCUUUCAACUCUACUAGUAACUUUGCACGUCUUCAGACGAUGAAGACCGCCCUAGCCGGUACCAACCUCUACAUCCGUUUCAAAACCACCACUGGUGACGCCAUGGGUAUGAACAUGAUUUCCAAGGGUGUCGAGCAUGCGCUCUCUGUCAUGGCGUCCGAGGGCUUCGAAGACAUGAGCAUUGUUUCGGUCUCUGGUAACUACUGCACGGACAAGAAGGCAGCUGCCAUUAACUGGAUUGACGGACGUGGAAAGAGUGUCGUUGCGGAGGCCAUUAUUCCUGCUGACGUCGUCAAGAACGUUCUCAAGAGCGACGUUGAUACUCUCGUCCAGCUCAACGUUGACAAGAAUUUGAUUGGCUCCGCUAUGGCUGGUUCAAUCGGAGGUUUUAACGCCCACGCCGCCAACAUCGUUGCUGCCAUCUUCCUCGCUACGGGACAAGACCCCGCGCAAGUUGUGGAGAGCGCUAACUGUAUCACGAUCAUGAAGAACCUUCGUGGUUCUCUUCAAAUUUCCGUCUCCAUGCCCUCGCUCGAAGUCGGUACCCUCGGUGGCGGAACUAUUCUUGAGCCUCAGAGUGCCAUGCUCGACAUGCUCGGAGUUCGCGGCCCCCACCCCACGACCCCAGGUGAGAACGCUCGCCGUCUCGCCCGUAUCAUUGCUGCCGGUGUCCUGGCUGGUGAGUUAUCACUGUGCAGUGCCUUGGCUGCCGGUCACCUUGUCAGUGCUCACAUGCAGCACAACCGUUCUGCGCCCCCUACGCGGAGCAACACGCCAGCCCCGGUCAACGGAACCAUGACACCGGUCAGCCUGGCCAUGACCAAUGCGGCCGAGAAGUCUGCUGGCAAGAGCGCGGCGGCUGUCGAGCGGGCGCGUCGUUGA